AUGUUCACUACCGGGUUGGCUAAACAGGAGUCACUCAAUAACGAUUUGAAGACCGAAGCAGCUAUUUACGGAGAUAUCCUACAAGGAAUAUUCCUUGACACUUACAGAAAUCUCACUGUAAAGAAUAUCGCAGCGCUAAGGUACGUUGCCGCCGUGUGUCCAACAGUGCAGGCAGUGGUGAAGCUGGACGAUGACGUUGCAUGGAAUUUGCAGAAGACAAAGGCAAUAGUAGACGAGGCCAUAAGAGAUCAGCGUAUCUACUGUCCUCUG